AUGGCCUCGAAUGGAAAGACCAGUGCUCCGACCCACGUACUGGCGGCUUUCAUCGCCCUCAGUCUAUCGAUCUUUCUAGUAGCACUCGACACUGUGCUCAUCCCAACCGCUUUGCCCACGAUCUCCCAAUCCUUCCACAUUCCAGAUUCCCUUUACGCCUGGAUAGGCUCAUCAUACCUUCUCGCCAACGCUUCAUCAGUCCCGUUCUGGGGGAAGCUCUCGGACAUAUUCGGAAGAAAACCUGUCAUCUUGACGGCCAACGCCAUCUUCCUUGGCGGCAGCAUCUUGUGCGCCGUCAGUGUGAAUGCCGUUAUGCUCAUCUUCGGUCGAGUCGUUCAGGGUCUCGGCGGCGGUGGAGUGGUGGUACUGGUUCACGUAUGCGUCAGCGACCUCUUCACCAUCCGGGAUCGGUCCUUCUACAUGGGCACUGUUGGUGCUGUAUGGGCCGUCGCAUCUGCUUUGGGCCCGGUCCUCGGCGGCGUCUUCGCACAACUGGGCCUUCAAGUAGGUGGCAUUAGCUCCUACUCGAACGCAGGAGUCAUUACGUGCUUGCUAUUCGGGUCACUCGCUUACGUCGCCUUCCCUUUCUCGCAACACUGGGUGGCACAACAUGGCGGCAGUCCCAUUAUGCCGCUGCGCAUCUUCAAAGACAUCAGCAACCUCAGCGCGCUUGCUGUAUGCGCAUGCGACACUGUGGUCUUCACCUCGGUGGCUUAUUUCCUACCCUUGUACUUUCAGAUCGUGCUCGGGCUCCAACCAGAGAUAACAGGCGUAUGUAUGCUCGCCGUCGCGAUACCUUUGGCACUUGUUUCAUUCGCGUCCGGUCAUGUCAUAGAGAAGACUGGGCGUUUCCUCGAAGUACUGCAAGCAGGUCUUUUCGUGAUGACGCUCGGUGUCGGCCUUCUCAUCUCGCUCGGCACCACGCCAAGCCUUGGAACUAUCAUCGCAUUUAUGGUCGUUAUUGGCCUGGGUUUCGGGCCCAAUUUUGGCGCGCCGCUCAUUGCUCUACAAACGCGCAUACAAGAGGCGGAUAUAGCGGCCGGUACUGCGGCUUUUGGAUUUGUACGUUCGAUAUUUGGUGCCAUCGGUCUAGUUAUCGGCCAAGUGGUAUUCCAACUCCUCAUGGCGCCACACUACGCGAAGAUUAUCGACAGUGGCAUUGCAGACGAUGUUGCUGUCAAUCUCACUGGGGGUGAAGCGAUAUCUCAAAGCGCCGCCAUCACUAACCUCACCGAGUUCCAGAAGAGUGUAGUCCGCCAUAGCUUCAUGAGCGCGCUGAGAGGGACCUGGAUUCUCAUGACGAUUGUGGGUGCCAUUGGUCUUUUGAUCUCGUUCGGUAUCAAGAGGACGAAGCUGCGUCGAGAGAGGACGACUGAGCUUAAGGAGCUGGAAGUCACAUCGAGCGACUGA